AUGUCUCCUAAGCCCGUUAAUCUAGUGAUUCCGGUAGAUCUAAGCGAAGCGGAUGUUUAUUUGCGCAGUAAGAACGAACUGCUUUCUCUUUUAAACUUUCCUUCCUUUACUUCUUUUUCUUACUUUUUUUUUCUUCUUCCUUUUUUCUUUCUCUUCUUUCUUUUCUUCUUUCUCUUCUUUUCUUUCUUUUCUUCUUCUUCAUUUUCUAAGGAUCGCCAGCCCUCUCUCUCUCUCUUUCCCAAAGUAAUUCUUAAUAUUUUUCCAUCACCCGUAUUCUGUUAUAGCAUGUAUUCACAAAGGCAAAAAUUACACUUUUCGCCUUUUCCGCCAAUUGCCUUCUCCAACCUUAGUAUUUUCCACUCAAUCGUAGCGUCCGGUGUCCCUGCUUCUUUCACUCUGCAGAAAUAUGCAGUUAACGUAGUGGCGUUGGCAUUAUUCAUGCUCAGUCGGUGGUUAUAA